ACACAAAAGUGAUGGAAGAUGAAAAAUCAAUGGAAGCAGCCCAAGUGGAAGAUGUAAACCUAAUUGGAGUGGUAUUUCAAGAUGAAGUCUCAUAUCGACUCCGAUUCCCUUUCCAUAAAAUGGUUUCCCCAAAUGAAUAUGUUUUAGAGAUAGAUUACUGUUACAACAUUUCAUCACCUUAUUGUCCAAAUACAAGCUAUUGGUUUGGAAGCUUUAUAUCACUGCAGUCUAGCAUUGAUAGUGCACUUAUUGAACGGAUCACCAAUCAUUCUGUUUGGGAAGAAAUGCAAUCUAUUAAUGGCAUCCGUAUGAGAUCACCAUUUAUUAUGCCAGGAAAUGAACUGGAGAAUUGUCUACUCACAUGGGUCUUAUCACUAUGUUUUUCACCGUUUAUGUAUUUCUUGGCACAAACUCUUUCAAGAGAGAAAAGGAAAUUAAAGGAGGUGAUGAAGACGAUGGGACUACGAGAUGCAGCAUUCUGGCUUUCCUGGGGUUUGCUGUAUGGUGUGUACAUAUUGAUUUUGUCCUGUGCAAUGGCAUUUAUUUUGAAACAUUUCUAUUUCCACUUGAGUAACAUUUCUACAUUGUUUGUUCUAUUCUUCCUUUAUGGCAUAUCGAGUAUAUGCUUCUGUUUCAUGAUGAGUGCACUCCUAAAGAAGCCCAAAACCACUGCCUUUGUUGUCAUCCUCUUCAGUCUUUGUUUUGGACUCCUUAGCAUCACAACCACAUUCAAGAUACUGCCUUCAGCUUUGGAAUUAAUUUUCCACAUAUUCUGCACAUUUGCUUUUGGUGCUGGGCUUUCAAAGAUUCUUUAUUUCCAAAAAUGUGGACAAUCCCUCAGUUUGUCAGACAUAAUGUCUGAGUCAUUCACUUUAUUCUUGCUUUUUGAUAUUGUUUUAUAUAUGCUGCUGACUUUCUAUUUUGACAAGAUUGUGCCUGACAAAUACGGGCUGCCUUAUCCUCCCUUAUUUUUUCUGAAGAAGAACUAUUGGUUUAAAUCAAGAAAGCCUGACACCAGUGAUGUUCCUACAAAUGAACAAAGUCGUGGAAAUAUUUUCAGUGAAAAUAUUGAACCUGUGCCUCCUGAAUUCGAUGGGAAGGAAGCCAUUCGAUUAAAUGACAUUAAAAAAACAUAUAACGUGGAAAACACAAAAACGGAAGCUUUGAGAGGCUUGUCUUUGGAUAUCUAUGAAGGUCAGAUCACUGCAGUUCUUGGUCAUAGUGGAGCUGGAAAAACAACAUUGCUAAAUAUCCUUGGUGGAUUUUGUAAGCCAACUGAUGGUUCUGCAACCAUUUUUGAGUACAAUAUAGCUGAAAGGAAAGAUAUGGAACAAAUUAGGCAAUUUAGCGCUGUGUGUCCACAAUUCAAUAUUCAGUUUGAAUGUUUAACAGUGAAGGAAAACUUAAAGAUAUUUGCUAAACUAAAGGGGAUACCAUUCAGUGAUAUAGAAAAUGAGGUAGAAAAAAUUGAGACUCUCUUGGAUAUCAGUGCCAUUCAGAAUACACAAGCUAAGAAUUUAAGUGGUGGACAAAAACGAAAAUUGACUCUUGCGAUUACUUUCCUAGGACAACCGCAGGUAUUAUUACUAGAUGAGCCAACUGCAGGAUUGGAUCCUUAUUCUAGACACCAGGUAUGGACUCUCCUAAAUGAGCAAAAAGCAGGUCGAGUCAUUCUGUUCACCACCCAGUUCAUGGAUGAAGCUGAUAUCCUUUCUGAUCGCAAAGCUAUUCUCUCACAUGGCAAGCUGAAUUGUGUUGGCUCAUCUCUGUUCUUGAAGAAAAAAUGGGGAAUUGGCUAUCAUUUAAGGAUGUAUAUAAAUGAAAUUUGUGAUUCUGAAAGAACAACGUCACUGGUUAAGCACUACAUUCCUUCGGUGAAAUUAUCAGGACAACAUGAAAAUGAGCUGAGAUACAUCCUGCCUUCAGAACACGUGAAUAAAUUUCCAGAUUUGUUCAGUGAAAGUGAUCAACAGACAGAUCUAGGAAUACUUGACUAUGGAGUUACUAUGACAACUCUGGAAGAUGUCUUCCUUAAACAAGAAGGAAAUGAAAAAAAUUCCGGGGAAGGAGAAGAACCAGGAAAGGAUGAAAUGGAACAGAAUCUGCUGUUGCUGUCAGAGAUGGGGAAAGUGACAAUGAAGGGCUUAGGACUCUGGAGACAACAAGUUUAUGCCAUUGCAAGAAUGCACUUUUUAAAUCUCAAGAGGGAAUGCAAAAUCUGGGGAGCCCUUUUACUAAUUUCUGGAAUCAUUUUAUUACCUUAUAUAUUUCAAACUGCUUCCUUUGCUGUUUCGUUGACCAUGCAUUAUGCAGAGCUUCAUCCUGGGUUAUACUUUCAGCCAGGAAAGUGGCAUUUCAAGGAAAAAUCUGGACUUCUGAUCCUUAACAACACAGGUGAAAAAAUUGACAAUUUUAUCCAGGCAGUAAAGAACCAGAACAUUCUUAUGGACGUAAUCUCAGGUAACAAUAUCAGUGACCAGCUGGCUCACAAUGGGGCCAUACAAGUAGACAUUGAAGACAAGAAAUACGGGUUCACACUUAUGUGCCACAUAGAAAAAACUAACUGCUUUCCUGUGCUUGUCAACAUCAUCAGCAAUGCAUUUUUGAACAUGCUUAAUUCCACUGCCCAUCUUCGAAUUUGGAGUCAAUUGUUUUUAGGGGAAUUUCAAAAUGAACAUCUUCCAUUUUAUUUUUUGGAAUUACAAAUGUUAGAGACUUUCAUUUUUCUGCCUGCUUUACCACCUCAGUUUGCAAUGAUGAGCAUGAAUGACUACAAGAUAAAAACUCACUCUCAGCUCUGGAUCUCAGGGCUUUUUCCUUCUGCCUAUUGGUUUGGACAAGCUCUGAUAGAUGUUCCUCUGCACUGUGCCCUACUUGUUUUAGGGUUAUGGCCCUGGAUUCUAAAAUUAACUAUUGUAACCACUGGGAAUCUGAGCAUUUUAUGUUUACUUUUGGUGAUAUUUAUGCUUGGUUAUAGUACCUCUGUGGUCCUAUUCCUAUAUUUGAUUGCUUUCAUAUUUCGUAAAAAUAUGCAUACUGCCAGUUUUUGGUCAUUCAUCUUGGUAUUAGUGUCUGUAAUUUCAUUUGCAAUAGUUGUAUCAUCUGUAUCAUUUACUUCACCUCUGAUAUAUCCAUUUAUUGCUUUGAUUCCUACAUUUCCAGUUACGAGUUUUUUAAUUUUCUUUUCAACGGUACUGGGUUAUUUUUAUAUACCUGAUGAUGAAAUAUAUAAUUUUUAUAUAAAUAAGAUCUGGAUGUCUGCCCUCAUGCCUUAUAUCCACAGCAUAAUUUUCAUUUUUUUACUUCGCUAUCUGGAACUGAAAUAUAACAGACCAGUUAUGAGAAGAGAUCCUGUGUUUAGGAUUUCUCCGCAAAGAAAAAGAAGCCAUCAGAAUCCUGAGGAGCUCAGCGAAGAGAACGAUAGAGACGUCCUAGAUGAAAGGAGAAGAGCUCAGAGUGCACUGGCUUCUGCCAGUGAAGAAGAGAAACCAGUGAUCAUUGUCCACAACUUGUGCAAAGAGUACAGAUAUGGGAAGGCUUGUUCUACUCCAUGUUUCAACAGAGAGCCGAGGAGAAAAUUGGCUACCAAAAAUGUUUCUUUUUGUGUUAAAAAAGGAGAAAUAUUGGGGCUUCUGGGACCAAAUGGUGCUGGUAAAAGUACAACAAUUAGCAUGAUAAUAGGAGAUGUGGAUCCAACUGCUGGGCAGGUGCAGAUUAAAGGAGCGGACGGAGCUGCGACAGAGGAGAAUGCUGCUCUUGGCUGCUGCCCUCAGGAGAACGCACUCUGGUCCAGCCUGACCAUGAAAGAACACCUGGAGAUUUUCGCAGCCGUAAAAGGGAUAAAGAAGGACGAUGCUAUUGUGGCCAUUGAUCGAAUAGCUCAAGUUCUAGACCUUGAAGUGCAUUUAAAAAAGACAACUAAGACAUUACCUGCUGGAUUAAGUAGAAAAUUGUGCUUUGCCCUGAGCAUGUUGAGUAAUCCUACCUUGUGGCUACUAGAUGAACCAACCACUGGCCUGGAUCCCAAAGGAAAACACCAAGUGUGGAGAGCAAUUCACACUAUGCUGCAGAACAAGGAUGAAGGUGCCAUUUUGACGACUCAUCACAUGGAGGAAGCAGAGACAGUGUGCGACCGAGUAGCUAUCAUGGUGUCUGGACAGCUCAGGUGCCUGGGUUCAAUUCAGUAUCUGAAAAGCAAAUUUGGAAAAAAUUAUUUGCUGCAAAUAAAAGUAAAAGGAGAAGAACAAGGGGAUCUUGUGAAUACUCAGAUUCUAAAAAUGUUCCCACAGGCAGCUCGUCAGGAAAGGAUAUCCACUUUGUUGGUCUACAAGAUUCCAAUGAAAGAUGCACUGCCUCUCUCUAAGGCUUUUUCCAUGCUAGAAAAAGCUAAACAACUCUUCAGUCUUGAGGAGUACAGCUUUUCUCUGAACACUUUGGAACAGGUUUUCCUAGAACUUUGCAAAGACCAAGAGCGAGAUUAUGUUGAUUUGGCUCUGAAUACAACUUUUGAUUGGAAGAAACUUCAGGAAGCUGAUCUCUAAGUCAUCAAUGCAUUUAAAAAACUGAAAAGUACUGACGCAAACACUGAUGCCUUGAUCUGGAAGAGAGAGUAAUCUCUUGAUAAUGGAGUUUAUAAUCUGUUGCUUAGAAUGGAAGCCUUUUAAGGAAAACGCAUUGUGACUAACCCUUUUACUAGCCAUAUCUAGAGAAUUUACAGUUCAGGAAAUUUUCAACCAAGAAGAAACGUGAAUUUCUCUGGAUUGUUUCAUGUUUCAGGAACAUAAUUUUCACCUUUUAUUGUGUGUGUAAAUUAAAGUACACAUAAUACUUUCAAAUAUAUUAUUUAGAUCUGCUUUCUUAAAUGAGUACAGAUGGUAUAUUUUUCAGAUUAAAAUAUGUAAGUGCCUUAAUUCUGAUAAAUAUUAUAUAUACAGUAUACCCAAUGUUUAUAUGGCAAAUAAAUUGCUGUUUUCUA